GUGUGUUCCUUAUUCCCUACAUCCUGAUCGCCCUGAUUGGAGGAAUCCCCAUUUUCUUCUUGGAGAUCUCGCUGGGCCAGUUCAUGAAGGCCGGCAGCAUCAACGUCUGGAACAUCUGCCCCCUGUUCAAAGGCCUGGGCUACGCCUCCAUGGUGAUCGUCUUCUAUUGCAACACCUACUACAUCAUGGUGCUGGCCUGGGGCUUCUACUACCUGGUGAAGUCCUUCACCACCACGCUGCCCUGGGCCACGUGCGGCCAUACCUGGAACACUCCCGACUGUGUGGAGAUCUUCCACCACGAAGACUGUGCCAAUGCCAGCCUGGCCAACCUCACAUGUGACCAGCUUGCUGACCGCCGGUCCCCUGUCAUCGAGUUCUGGGAGAACAAAGUCUUGCGGAUCUCCAGGGGACUGGAGGUGCCAGGUGCCCUCAACUGGGAGGUGACCCUGUGUCUGCUGGCCUGCUGGGUGCUGGUCUACUUCUGUGUCUGGAAGGGGGUCAAGUCAACAGGAAAGAUCGUGUACUUCACCGCUACGUUCCCCUACGUGGUCCUCGUGGUGCUGCUGGUACGGGGAGUGCUGCUGCCUGGCGCCUUGGAUGGCAUCAUCUACUAUCUCAAGCCUGACUGGUCGAAGCUGGGGUCCCCUCAGGUAUGGAUAGAUGCUGGGACCCAGAUUUUCUUCUCUUAUGCCAUUGGCCUAGGGGCCCUCACAGCCCUCGGCAGCUACAAUCGCUUCAACAACAACUGCUACAAGGACGCCAUCAUCCUUGCACUCAUCAACAGCGGGACCAGCUUCUUCGCUGGCUUCGUGGUCUUCUCCAUCCUGGGCUUCAUGGCUGCGGAGCAGGGCGUGCACAUCUCCAAGGUGGCAGAGUCAGGGCCUGGCCUGGCCUUCAUCGCUUACCCCCGGGCCGUCACGCUGAUGCCCGUGGCCCCGCUCUGGGCUGCCCUGUUCUUCUUCAUGCUGCUGCUGCUGGGCCUUGACAGCCAGUUUGUAGGUGUGGAAGGCUUCAUCACAGGCCUGCUGGACCUCCUCCCGCCCUCCUACUACUUCCGUUUCCAAAGGGAGAUCUCUGUGGCCCUCUGCUGUGCUCUCUGCUUUGUCAUCGACCUCUCCAUGGUGACUGAUGGCGGGAUGUACGUCUUCCAGCUGUUUGACUACUACUCGGCCAGUGGCAUGACCCUGCUCUGGCAGGCCUUCUGGGAGUGCGUGGUGGUCGCCUGGGUAUACGGAGCUGACCGCUUCAUGGACGACGUGGCCUGCAUGAUUGGGUACCGGCCUUGCCCCUGGAUGAAAUGGUGCUGGUCCUUCUUCACCCCGCUGGUCUGCAUGGGCAUCUUUAUCUUCAAUGCUGUGUACUUCAAGCCACUGGUCUACAACAACACCUACGUGUACCCGUGGUGGGGCGAGGCCAUGGGCUGGGGCCUGGCGCUCUCCUCCAUGCUGUGUGUGCCCCUCCACGUGCUGGGCCGCCUCCUCACGGCCAAGGGGACCAUGGCUGAGCGCUGGCAGCACCUGACGCAGCCUGUCUGGGGCCUCCACCACUUGGAGUACAGAGCUCAGGACUUGGAGGUCAGGGGCCUGACCACCCUGACCCCAGUGGCUGAGAGCAGCAAGGUGGUGGUGGUAGAGAGCGUCAUGUGACAGGGCCGGCUCCCAAUGCCAGCUCUCCCUCUUGUAGCCAUAGCAGCCCCUGCUUUAGCGCCUCCAACCCCUCCAGGGGGCUUGCCUUUCCCUGACACUUCUGGGGUCUGCCUGGGGGGGAGGGGAGGAAGCACCAUGAGUGCUUGUAACUAAAAUAACUUUUUCCAUUUUUAAUAAAAUGCCAAAAAUACCACAACCCACCAAAAAUAGAUGCCUCCCCCCACCAACCAAGCUGGUGCCCACGCUGCUUCCCAGGCCCUGCCGCCUGCCCUCCCCCUAGUGCCUGCUGCCUGUCCAGGCUCUGCCCAACACACCCGUGGGUGGCUCCUCACUCCAGAGGCAGCAGUGGCAGCUUAGGGAACAGAACGGGAAAGGGGAGGGAGGAGAGAAAGGGGCAGCGGAACCACAGUGAGUAUUUCAACUGGGCUAGACCCCUCUCCCCAUCCCUAAUCUAGAAGCUUAGAGAGCCAGCCAGCAAUGGGACCUUCUGGUUCCUGCGCCAAUUGCCACCAAUAUCAAUUGUGUGAGCUUGUGUAUGAGUGCAUGUGUGCGUGAGUAUGUAGGGCACAUAUAGAUCUCUAUCUCUUAGCAAAGGGGAAAACCAGGUGUACACUGUGCCUGUGGGCAAAUGAGGCUUGUAUUUUGCACAUUUUAUAAAAACUUGAGGAGAGAGAUUUCUGCUUGUAUAUUUCUAAAGAGAAAACAGCCCCGAGGUCCCUCUCCUUGCCACUCCCUGUCCUUUCAGCCCCUCCUUAAUUCCUCUGCCCCAGCCAAGGAGUGUGAAUUUAUAGAUCUAAUUUUCAUAGGCAAAACAAGAGCUUCAAGCUGUGCGAGUCUGUCGUGUGGGUAUGCAUGUGCGGUCCCCGGCCCCAGGCUGAGGUGGAAAAGUGCACAGUAGGGGCCUCGAGGGUGUCCCGCUACCCCUCUGCCCACAAGUCAUGGGGGUGAGUAGGUGCGGUGUUCUGUCCCAGGAAUCUGGGGCUGCUCACCUGGCAUGCUCAAGCUUACCCACCACACCCUGCCCCCGGGGCUGGGCUGGGCAGACUGCAGGGAACUGAGGUGGGCACCAGCCAGGGAAGGGAUCCAGGCUUGGCUCCCGCCUGCGAGCUUAAAGCUGAUGCACUUUUCACGUCUCAAGUCUUCCACGUAGCAGCUUUACUUAACCCACGUCUGUGUCAUAUCUAAUCCCGGGACAGCCGAGUGGACCCUAGAAAGACUUCCCCCACACCCUGACAUCAGCUGGAGGGGAGGGACUAGGCGAGGGCGGGGGGCCAGCGGGGACAUUCUUACUGUGCUAAAAGCCACUGCAAACAUAGCAAUAAAAACAUGUCAUUUUCCAAA